AUGGCGCCAAAGAAGAAUCUAAGAGUACUUCUUUUCACAGGGAUCCUGUUCGUUUUGAUCUACUUCAUUGUUCAACACGCCAAUAUCACAUCUAUGGACAUCACAAACGGUGGCAGCGUUGCAAGCGAAAAAGCUAGUAGUACGGCGAAAAGCGUGGUUACAACAACAGCGAACGGAAAAGUGGGUAAAACGAAGCCCAAAGUCGAGGAAACCAGCAAGAGUGACGCAAAAGUCGAUGAAGAAAUAGAAAGCAUAAAGCAGGAGAUCGGCAUCAAAGAAAAUAUCUGGGAUAAACUGCCCAAACCCCAGCCCAACGCGCAGGACGCAGAAUUUGACCCGGCCAAGGAAUACCAGAUGAUUUUGACGUCUUCGCCCAUGAUUGUGUUCUCCAAAAGCGGCUGUCCGUUCAGCAAAAACAUGAAAAGUUUACUUGCCAAGGAGUUUCAGUUCACGCCGGAGUACCGUGUGGUUGAGCUGGACAAGCAUGAGCACAUGGCGGCGCUGCAGUCCUACAUUGGCGAGCAAACCGGUCGUUUUACCGUGCCCAACGUGGUGAUCAACGGCAAGUCUCGUGGCGGGUUUGACGAUUUCAAAACUCUUCAGGACAAGGGCCUGCUACUGGAAUCGCUCAAGGAAUGGGCAGGCAAAGAUUUUACGAUUACCAAGAAGGAAAAACCCUCGAACAACUAG